UGACCUAUGAACUUAUAUAUGUUUACAGUUGUACACAAAGAACGGUUUAAUGUCGAGAUCGACAUUCAGACAACACGAGAAGGAUAUAUAGAGUAUUCAUUGUUCGCCAAGGGAACUGGAAUCUGUGUUGAAAUAGAAAUCAGAAUAGCGUCAGUUGAUCAUUGAACGCCUGACUUAACAUAGCCCUAAUAAUAGUCUCUAUCCAGCCUUAUGUAGGCACCAUCAUUAUGUUCGAUAGAAGUACCGUUUUUGCGUGUGUUACCAGGAGCCCCUUGUAAAAUUAUGCAGUGUUUGAUAAUGGGUUGUAUUCUAAAUUCUGCCCGGAUAAUGUAGCAUAGCAUCACACUGGAUCGUACGGGUGCAUUAUUGGGCCGACGUCUGCAACAUGUGCUAGCUAGUCUAGAGUGAUUUUAACCAGGCUCGCAUAAAUCAUAGUUCAGAGGUUCGACAGUGACAGCGUAGCACAGUCAAUACCCGAGAAUAUGGCACGUCGCAAAAAAAAUGCCACAGCCAAGCAGAAAGAGAACCUCAACGUCUUACUGAAAGAGGAAGUUGUUCAUCAGGGAUGUGAAUCAGAAAUACAAGCUAUAGCUGCCGUUGCCAACAAAAAAGUGCGGAUUGUUUACACAUUUGGUUAUGGAAGAUACUUUUGUCCGAAUGGACACGGAUGGACCUCGUACAGAGCGUGCAUAACAUUCGAUAUGAAGAACCUGUGCGUCAGCAAGAUGUGGAGACAGUACUGCCGAUCCUGUCCAGAAGUGGGAGUGACGCCGGAAUUCAAAGCCACAGAACAGAAAGCCGUUGUGGUUGACACCAUCAAGCGUUUUUUUGAAAGGAUUAACAAUGGACCUCAAGAAAAGCGGACUAAUAGCAAGUCGGAAGUCAAGCCCCACCUAAGGCACCUUUGCGAAGUCUGCAGAAGUGGUCUACUCUGUUUGUAAGUGUGUAUCUGUGUGUGUGUGUGUGUGUGUGUGUGUGUGUGUGUGUGUGCUUCCUUGAUACCUACAAGAGCAGAUAAUUCUCCAGCGGAGCGGAAAAUAUGGUACAAGAAGCAAUUUUAAUUACGCUUACAUGUGAUUACUUGCAGAUUGUGCACUAACACACAUGCUUGAUCUAAAAUUGCUAAU